AUGCCGCCUAAGCCGGAAGAUCAUCACGAGGAAGAGGAAGAGGAGCAGGAAGACCCAACAGAGUCAUCGCCUCUGCUGCCAAAGUCCGAUAAAAACUCGGACAAAAAAGCAAACUCCAAGAAACAGCCAGCAUCACCACCGCCGCCUGCUCCGGCACAAGAUGACCAAGUAAAAUCAGUCGGCCCUCCGAUCGAAGUCACCCCAUCGCAACCAGCCUCGAAUGACCAGCAGCCCACAAAUGGAUCGCAAAAGCCACCGCAGCAAUCCUGGCCUACACCAGCCGGCCUACCGCCUCGUGAAGACAACGACGAGCGGUUGAUCAUCUUCCGGCGCGCCGUUGGCAUCAACUACCAUCUGGCAGCCACUGACCCGGGAACGAUGGAAGAAGGCCGCAAAAAGGCCGUCGGAAUCUACCGCGCAGUGAUUUCGGCCAAAAAAUCCAAGGCGCGACAGUUUUACUUUCUGAGCACAUUCACUUUACUCUGUCAUUUUGGUCAGAUUAUUGUCGGAGCUGCGCUCACCGCGCUGGGUCCGUUGGCUAGUGAUCACACGACAAUAAUCACGUUUUUAGGCGCUUUCAACACGGUGAUUGCGGGGAUGCUCGCGCUCAUUAGUGGCCAGGGCUUGCCAGAUCGCAUCAAGAAGGAUCAGAUCGGCUUUCGCAAGAUCCAGGAUUGGAUCGAGGAGACCGAGUCGCUGUUGAGCGUGGGCAUUAUUGGCCGGAACAGAAAGGAGGUCGGCUUGUUGGUCGAAGAAGCGUUUAAAAAGUAUAACGUGGCCAAGACGAACGAAGAGAACAACCGGCCAGACUCGUACGUGAACUCUCCAGAGGAGCCGUCGAGGGUCAGUGGUGAUAUUGAUAAUAAUUGA